AUGAAUCAAACUAACUUCGGCAUACCUUCAAUUAUUGACAAUAAUAAUAAAAACUUUCAAUACGCUUCAAACUCUGAUCCGAAUUCAGAUACUUCGAAUAUUAAUAACAUUAAUACAACUGCUCCUGCACUUCAAAAUUUUACAUAUGAAUUUUAUCUUCCUUUACCAAAUGAUACACGUAUUUAUCAUGUUACUUAUACCGAAUUAAAUUUAAUAGAAAUCGCGCUACUCUUGAAUAAUAGAAUUGAUUUAUCUCACAUUCCCAACCAUCGACUUCCGUACCAUUAUAAUGUACAACGUUUAAUUAGGCAAGAAAUUAUUCAACAAUCUCAUCCAGACGACAAUGCUUACGAUGUAUCUUCAAUUCCUUUUAUUCAACAAUCUCUCGAAUAUCAACAAGAAGCCGUCCCACAACAAUCUUUUGAUAAUAUAAAAUUUGAAUUUUAUCUUCCUUUACCAAAUGAUGUAUAUAUCUAUCAUGUUACUUAUACCGAAUUAAAUUUAACAGAAAUCACGCAACUCUUAAAUAAUAGAAUUGAUUUAUCCUACAUUCCUGAUCAUCGAAUCCCAUAUCAUUAUAAUGUACAACAUUUAAUUUGGCAACAAAUUGUUCGACAACCUGAACCUAAUUUUCAAGAAUAUUCAGAUAAUAAUAUUCAACCACUUUUCCAAGAAUAUUCAAAUAAUAAUACUAACGAUGCAUCUUCAGUUCCUCCAAACAGUCCUGAAGAUGGAUACAAUGGAGUUCAAUCACAUCAAAAUAACUAA